UCUUUUCUGUCCUUCCUCCUCCUCCCUGCACCCAGAGGACUUGCUCCAGCCCUGAGCACAGCCUGCCCCAGGGGACAGCCAGCAGUGGGGCCAGAGGGAGGUUGUGGCACAGCCCCAGUGCAACCAUGGGGCAAAAAUUCACGGAGAAGGUGUCCGCUUUCCUCUUUGAGUAUGACACCCCCAGGAUGGUGCUGGUGAGGAACAAGAAGGUGGGACUGACCUUCCGGCUGAUCCAGCUCAUCGUCCUGGCUUACAUCAUUGGGUGGGUGUUCCUCUACGAGAAGGGCUACCAGUCUCAGGACAGUGUGGUCAGCUCGGUCUCAGUGAAGCUGAAAGGGCUGACCCUGACCAACGAGAGCACCGUGGGCCCUCACAUCUGGGAUGUGGUGGACUAUGUUUUCCCACCCCAGGGGGACAACUCCUUUGUGGUGAUGACCAACUUCAUUAUCACCCCUGGACAGAAACAAGGAACCUGCCCAGAGCUCCCAGAUGCUGGGCCCUGCAAGGAUGACAGUGACUGCAUCCGAGGGAAAUACAGCCGCCAGGGACAAGGGCUCAUGACAGGCAGGUGUGUGAACUUCAACAACUCUGUGAAGACCUGUGAGAUCUUUGGCUGGUGCCCUGUGGAAAAUGAUGACCAUGUUCCCAAACCUGCCCUGUUGUCAGAAGCUGAGAAUUUCACCUUGUUCAUCAAGAACAGCAUCACCUUCCCCAGGUUCAAGGUGUUCAGACGCAACUUGGUGGAGACAGUUACCAAGCAGUACCUGAAGAAAUGCACCUACCACAGAGUCACUGAUCCCUUGUGCCCCGUGUUUGAGCUGGGAUACAUAGUGAAGGAAUCAGGUCAGAACUUCACCUUCCUGGCUGUCAAGGGUGGAGUGGUUGGCAUCACCAUAGACUGGAACUGCGACCUGGACUGGCCCAUCCGGUACUGCAAACCCAUUUACCAGUUCCACGGCCUCUACAAUGAUGACACCAAUGUUUCACCAGGCUUCAACUUUAGGUAUGCCAAAUACUACAAAGAAGAUGGGAUGGAGAAGAGGACACUCUACAAGGUGUUUGGGAUCCGGUUUGACAUUCUGGUGAACGGCAAGGCAGGCAAAUUUGACAUCAUCCCGACCAUGACCACGAUUGGCUCUGGAAUUGGUAUUUUUGGAGUGGCUUCUGUCCUCUGUGACCUGCUCCUGCUGCAUUUCCUCCAAGGUCGGGACUAUUACAAGCAGAAGAAAUUCAAAUAUGCAGAACAGGAGCCUUCAAAGUCACACAAGAAGGAAAAGGAGCCAGACAGCAAGCCCUGAGAGAAUCCACACUGACCAACCAACCUGCACCCUCUUCUUCCUCCUCAUCUCCUAAAACAUGAUUGUCACCCCAUCACCAGCCUGUCCCAGCCCCCAGGCCAGCAGGAGCAAUGUCCAACACAGGGCAGGGUCCGGCUGGCCCGGUGCUCUGCUGCUGGUGGGUCACGCUGUGAUGCUGGGGGUGGGUUCAACUGGGGGAUCUUCAGGCCACCCCUAACCCUAUCCCAAGGCCUUGGGAUCUUUCCACCUUUGGAGGCACUCCUGAAAGGUUCCCCCUGGGCCAGGGCCAUCCACACACCCUUGGGAGAGUAUUGCUGCAUCUCCUUCCCCAGAAGCAUCCUGGCACAGCUCCAAAUUGAGGAGAGGAGGAAGGAAAAAGCUGGCAAGAGCCAUGCCCUGUCCCUCGGCAGAGGAGAAAAGUGG